AUGGCGUAUGCAGCAUGCGCUUAUCUUCGAGCUAGAUGUACGGAUGGUUCCGUGCAGGUUAUCUUAUUAGCCACCCGCAGUCGAGUCACACCUGUUAAGCCGCUAAAAAUUCCGAGAGUUGAGUUAUCCGGAGCCCUGCUGUGUACACAAUUAGCCGAUUGGAUUGUCAAUCAACUUCAAGCAUCACAUCACACCAUAUCCGUACACUACUGGUCGGAUGCAAUGAUAGUGCUGUAUUGGAUCAGCGGUGACUCUAGGCGUUGGAAGACAUUUGUGUCGAAUAGAAUUGGAGCAAUCCUGGAGGCAAGCUCGCCAUCGCAGUUAAGACAUGUUCUUACGCAAGAAAACCCAGCAGAUUGUGCUACACGCGGACUCACCCCUUCCCAGCUGAAACACCACACGCUUUGGUGGAACGGACCACAUUGGCUGCAGCUUUCAGAGGAGCAUUGGCCAGUAAAUCCAGUUCAGUCCCCAAAAUCAGAACUUAUUUCAGGAGAGCAAUCCUUAAAGCACACCGGAGCCCACAUUUCCUACGUCAAAGGAUUCAUUUAUAAUACUCGUCACAAAAAAGCGGUAGACUCACCGGCCCUAUUCAGGUAUCUGAAUUUCAACAGGCUUUGUUCGCACUGGUACGGAUGGUUCAACAAUAAGUCUAUUCGGAAGAAUUAUCAAGACUACGAUCCAACAAAUUUCUAUCCAAACACAACAAACUCAGCCAGCUAUCACCGUUUCUCGACGAUGAGGGGCUCAUGAGAGUUAAAGGCAGACUUAAGAAU